AUGGCGGCGUCGUGGGCGCGGCAGUUUCGCGCCACCCUUCGACGCAACCUGCUCAUCAAAUGGCGCGACGGCUCGCAGACCCUUCAGGAGAUCUUCCUUCCGGUGUACAUCAUAGUGCUGCUGAUCAUAGUGAAGGUGCUGCAGCCGGACGCCACCUUCCCCGCGGAGCCCGUGGGCGACGUGGUCGACCCCAUGUGCUACGCCGCUGACGCGCGCACGCGCUGCUACCCCGUGCGCGACAUCGUCGCCGCCACCACGAUUGGAUACAUCCCGGACAACCCGCUUGUUCGCAGCGUCAUGGACAGGGCUGUCACUAAUCUCGGCAGGAAUCAGCCGCGCCUGUCCACGCUCGUUCUGGAGGCCUUCGAGUCGAGCCAGGAGCUCUCCGAGUUUCACUACGCUCACCCCCAGGCGUUGUUCGCAGCAGUGGAGUUUGAGGGCAUGGCGGCAGACAGUGUUGCCCUGCCUCCAGACACGCGCUUCACCAUCCGCAUCAACGGCAGUCAGGUGCCGGGCACGACCAGUGAGCGGGCCAGCACGGACGAGUGUCGGCUGGCUGCAGCAGAGUACAUUCCCACCGUCUGCCGCUCCCAGCAAUACCUCUCCUCAGGCUUCCUGUCGAUACAGCUGGCGGUGACGUCAGCACUGAUGGAGACAGCAUGGAAUGGGACGUCAUGUGGCAUGCAGAGCAACCCCAUCACUGUGCACGAGCAGCACAUGCCGCUACCAGAACUGCACAAGUCAUUCGCCACAACGGAGUUCCAGCUGUUCUGCGCCAUCUACAUGGUGCUGUCGCUCAUCCCCAUGCUGCAGGUCGCCAUCACGCAGAUCGUGCAGGAGAAGGAGAGCCUGCUCAAGGACUGCAUGCUGCUGAUGGGGCUGCGAGAGUCCGUGUACUGGCUGGCGUGGCUGCUCACAUACGCCUUCAUGGCUGCUGUCACCUCCGCCGUCAUUUCACUGACAGUGAAGCUCACGUCGCUCUUCUCUGCCUCCACCUUCACCGCCCUCUUCUGCAUCAUCUUCCCCUACUCCCUCUCCCUCAUCGCCCUCGCCUUCGCCCUCAGCACUCUCUUCACCCAGGUGGGCAAGGCAGCAGCGGCAGCAGCGGGCAGUCUGCUGCUGUGCAGUCUGCUCAUCAUCCCCAUCCAGCUGCUCUCCCUGGGAGCAGCCGUUGUGUACCCGCUGCUGCUGCUCUCCCCCAUACCAUUCACCAUCGCCAUCACCACUGUCACCCGCGCCGAGGGCAUGGGGCAGGGCGUGUCCUUGGGCUCUUUCUGGCUUACCCGGGUAGGCGUGAACCCAGGGGAUGACGACAAUCUUCUCACCAUCGGCAUCUGCAUUGUCGCAUUCAUAUUCGACACGGCUCUCUACCUCUUCCUCGCAUGGUACCUGGACAAUGUGUGGCCGCACCCCCAGCGCGGCCCUAAGAAGCCUGCGGACUUUAUCUUCUCCGCCGCCUACUGGUUCCCCGCUCGCCAUGCCCUGCGCUACUCUCAGCUGGAGGAGGAGGGAGGAGGGGACGACAUGGAUCAUGAGGGUGAGGAGUGCAGGUUGGAUGUGGGGCAAGACUCUGCUGCUCCCUUACACUCCACCUCCACCACCAGUGCCGCCACUUCCAGCACCGUGCCUCUCACUGCCUCAGCAUCAUCUCACAAUGCUGAGUCGCCCAUAGAGGAGGUGCGGGGCUUCCACCCGGCCCUCAUCAUCAACCACCUCGCCAAGUCCUUCCCUGCACGCGGCCUCCUCUCCUCCUCCUCCUUCUUCUCCUCCUCCUUCUUCUCCCGCCGCUCGCGCCGACCCUCUGCUCCUGUCCCUGGUGCUGCUGAUGGUGCUGCUGAUGGUGCUGCUGCGGCUGACGGUGCUGGUGCCGCUGCUGCUUCUGCUGGUGGGCGUGGGGACGAGCGCAGGGUGUAUGCACUCCAAGGCCUCUCUCUCACGCUCUACGAGGGGCAGUCCUUUGCAUUCCUGGGCCACACCGGGUCGGGCAAGUCGACAGUGCUGAGCACGCUGGCAGGGCUGCAGAAGCCCACCGAGGGCGAGGCUUUCCUCUAUGGGCUCAGCCUCACCAAGGGCGACUCGUAUAUUCACUCCCUAGUGGGGCACUGCCCUCAGAGGAACAUCCACGUGGCAGUUCUCACAGUGAAGGAGCAGGUGCGUCGGAGCUCAGCGCUAGUAGGACGAGGGAUGCCUGCCUUUGAGCUCUCGCCCUCGCAGCAGCGCAAGCUCAGCCUUAGCAUUGCUCUCAUUGGGGAGCCUCAGGUGUUGCUGUUGGAUGAGCCAACUAAGGGCAUGGACCCCUCCUCCAAGAAACAGGUGUGGGAUCUGCUGCAGCGGCGCAAGGCGGGGCGCGUGGUGGUGUUCACGACGCACAGCAUGGAGGAGGCGGACCUGGCAGCGGACCGCAAGGCCAUCCUCUCGCACGGCCGCCUCAAGUGCUGCGGCUCCUCGCUCUUCCUGCGCAACCGCUUCGGCCUGUCCUACCUGCUGCACAUCACCAAGGGAGCGGUGUUCAAGGGGUCCAAGGUGGUGCAGCUCGUGCAGUCACACGUGCCGGAUGCGGUGCUAGUGCCCUCUGCAGGCCUGCACCAGAUCGACUACGUCACCUACUCGCUGCCCUUUCAUGCCGCCUCGCACAUCCCCGCCCUCCUGCUCGACCUCUCCACGCAAGCGGCGGAGCUAGGAGUGGAGGAUGCAGCAAUGGAAGCGACAACCCUAGAGGAGGUGUUUCUCAAGUUCCAGGACGAGGAUGAGGAGGCAGCAGGGGCCAUCCUCGCCCCUCCCACAGCUGACGGCUCUGCUCUAGAGCUCGUGCUGGGCAUGGGCGGCGCUUCAGGUGCUUUGCCAGAGGAGGAAGAGGGGCAGUCUCUGUUGGAUUCUCCUGGGAGCAGCAGCGGCGUGCGUUCAGACAGUGCGGCUGCUGGUGGCAGUGGCGGCGGCGCUGCUGGUGGUGGGGGGUUGACGGGAGCAGCACGGGGCGGGAGAGGCGGGGGUGGUGGGGGAACGGUGGGGAUGGCAGUGGGGGGAGCACGGUGGGGAGUGCGGUGGGGGGGCGGCGGGGUUGUGGCAGCGCUGCUCAUCCAGCUCUUCGGCUCGUCAGUCACAUCCCCUUCGCUCCUCCUAUCAGCACCCCAGCUAGCCCGUGACAGCGCGUACCCGCUCAUCUACAGCGCCACCUCGCCCGCCUCCGCCAUCGCAGCCAAGCAGCUGCUGGACCAGCUGGGGAACAACCACGCGCAGCUCAGCAGUGAGCAGGCCGUGCUGGAGAGGUUCCAGACGGACGUGGCCAAUGCGGAGCGGAACGGCGUUGGGACCAAGGCUGUGGGCGUGCUGUUCCAAGGCGUCGACAUGGGCCGUGAGUGCUGGGAAAGAGGGGGGUUUCUCAGGUGUUUGGGGGGGUUGGGUUGGGUUUGCAGGAAGCACAUUUGGAAUGGAACGAGGUUGGGAGUAAGGCUGUGGGGGUGCUGUUCUAAGGGUGUGGACAUGGGAUGUGAGUGCUGUUCCAAGCAGCUGCUGGACCAGCUGGGGAACAACCACGCGCAGCUCAGCAGUGAGCAGGCCGUGCUGGAGAGGUUCCAGACGGACGUGGCCAAUGCGGAGCGGAACGGCGUUGGGACCAAGGCUGUGGGCGUGCUGUUCCAAGGCGUCGACAUGGGCCAGUGUGGGUACAGCUUCACUCUCCUCUACCAGCCGUGGCGCAUCCACCAGGUGCCGGCAGUGAUAGCCACGCUCAAUAACGCGUUCCUCAAGCUCGUGGCAGCGCAGCACGGCAUCCAAUCCGCUCCUCAGAGCAUCGCAGUGGAGAGCUACCCGCUGCACUUCUCCUCGCCCGACUUUGUCUUUGCGUACAUCGUCGCUGCGGUUGUGGCUAUUGGGCUGCUCAUGGUGCCGCCCAUUCUCUCCGCUCAGGUACGCACCACACACACUCCUCCUACCCCUCAGGCACUCACCGUUGCUCAGAUGGUAGCGGAGAUGGAGUAUGGGCUGCGCACCAUGCUCAAGAUGGUAGCGGAGAUGGAGUAUGGGCUGCGCACCAUGCUCAAGGUGUGUGGGCUGCGCGGCUUUGCACUGUGGCUGGGCACAGCAACAGUGGACUGCAUUGCCAUGUGGCUCUGCGCACUGCUCAUCACCGGCAUUGGACUCUGCUUCCAGUCCUCCCCCUUCACUGUGCCCGCCCUGCCAGCACUCUUCGUGGUAUUCGCCAUCACCAUCCCCGCGCUCGUGCUCCUCGCCUACCUCCUCUCCUUCUCCUUCGACUCAGCCCAGCUCGCAGCCGCCACGCUCUCGCUCCUCUUCCUCCUCCUCGCCGUCAUCCCCUUUGUCUUCAUGCUCCGCGUCUCCCCCGCCUCCUUCACCAUCCCGCACGGCUUCCUCUCCCUCCUCUCCCCGCCCUACGCCCUCAUCUCCUCCCUCCACUUCAUCGCAGCAGCGUACGCACACGAGCCUCUCACGGCCUCCCCUCUCGACAUAUACUCUCUCUCUGCCACGGAUUACUAUUCCCUCCACUAUCCCGCCUACCCCGUGCAAGUGUCCAUGUCAGCAGUGCUCAUCUCCCUCUGUCUCAUGGCGAUACGCCUAAGCCAGCUGCAUAAGGAUUGGGAAGACCAGGAUGAUGAGGGGGCGGGGGAUCUAGCAGCUAUGAUGGGACCGGGGUAUGAUGAGGAGGAGGGAGAUGGGGAUGUGGUAAGGGAGAAGGAGCGCGUGCAGGAGAGUGCGGCCAAGUGGGACUUUGUGCAGAGCGGCGGGGAGGAGGGGGACCUCGUGCUGUGCAGCAGUGUGGGCAAGAACUUCGGAGCGUCAUCAGGGGUGUGCGGAAUAGGCAAGGACCCGGGAGUGUGGGCAGUGUCGAACCUCUGGCUGGGAGUGCCUCGAGGCCAGGUGGUGGUACUGGUGGGCGGGGAGAAGGCAGGCAAGACGACGCUGGUGCAGUGUCUGGCGGGGGCGAGCUGUCUGUCGUACGGCAACGCGCUCAUCAACGGGCAGAGCGUGCGCUUCACCAACCUCAACGACCCCUCCAUCAUCGGCUACUGCCCCCAAGCUGAUAUGAUGCACGGCUUCCUGACAGUGCAGGAGUAUCUGCACUUCAUGGCGUCCGUCAAGGGACUCAGGGAGCCGCUCUCCGCGCCUGUCACCCACGUGCUGCAGUCCCUCGGCAUCUCCA